AUGGGGGAUUACAGACCAAUUAGCCUCAUUGGAUGCAUUAAUAAGGUUAUUUCCAAAGCAUUGGCGAAUCAGAUAAUAUUAGUUAUAAAUAAGCUAAUUUCGGAGGAACAAACCGCAUUUUUAGCUAAUAGAAGCAUCUUGGAUGGGCCUUUGAUUUUGAACGCAUUAAUUCUGUGGAUGAGGUCAAAUAAAAAGGAGGGUUUCAUAUUUAAAGUGGAUAUUGAAAAGGCACACGACUCGCUAAAUUGGGGAUUUUUGGAAACCAUUAUGGAGCAAAUGAAGUUUCCACUGGUGUAUACAAAAUGGGUCAUGGCCACGGUUAAAUAA